CGCGAAAGCAUAAAGCAAAUAGUAGCAGCAGCACCACCCAGCAAAAAAAGAGGGAAAAAAAAUCGGAAACACUGAACCGUACAACUUCCGCUGAGCACCUCCACCUCCACUUCCUGCAUCUAUAAGAUAUACAGCACAUUCAAUCUGCGGUCUCUCCAUCGUUUUUCCAUUUUCCUCCGAUAAUCUCAUCGGGCCGUUUGGUGCUCAUCAUUGUCGCUGAGUCCAGCAAAGUCGGGCGUGCCAGCUAAUUCAUGAUAUUAGGUUUCUUAGAUAUCUUCUUUGAUAUUGAACUACAUCGACUUAAACCUCGAGGCCGUUCAAUUGAAGGAAACAACAAGAAUAAGCUUGAUAUGAGUCCAGUUGAUGAUACCCCUCUGUCUAAUCCUGCUGGCGAUCCGGGCGGAUUUUCUGUGACUGGGGUUAGGGAUUUUGGGAAAGUGAAUGGUUCAUCUGUUACCUAUGGGUUCGAGGGCUUGAAUGCUGAAAUGGAGGGUCUGAAAAGAGAUAAAAGUUUGGUGGUAGAAACUGAAGGUAACAAUAGAGAACCUGAGCCAAACGAGGGGUAUUCCUGGAAGGGAGGAGUUUGUGGGCAAGAAACUGUUAAAACUGAUGGUAAAUUGGAUGUACAAUUAAAGGGUGCUGACAAUAAUGAGGUUAAAGAUAAGAUAGACCCCGAUCACAAUGAAGAGAUGGGAGUUUGUGAGUUUCCACAAUAUGGUGACAGCGGGAAUCGAAAAAGUUUCUUUGUGGAUUUGAAUUCGCACCAUCAGGAGGGAAUUUUUAUUCAAGGUGCUGAAAGUACAACGGCUUUGAUUGAGGGUAGCUUGCCAUUUUCUGUUGGUUUAGCGGAAGUUACAGAUGCCACUAUUAAAAAUGGUGUAUCUGCUAGAAACCGACAAGCACCAAUUAAAGAAGUGAUAACAAGUGGACCAUUUAAUGAAGUGGAUGGAAAGGAUGCUAAGCCUUGCAUACUGAUACCAAAAAGUCGUGGGGAAGGGAAUCAGAUGGAAAAGGAAAGCGAAUUUUAUGUGUCUGAUUUAGUAUGGGGCAAGGUAAGGAGCCAUCCAUGGUGGCCUGGCCAGAUAAUUGAACCAUCAGCUGCAUCCGAGAAAGAAAUGAAAUAUUUUAAGAAAGAUAGUUAUUUGAUUGCUUAUUUUGGGGACCAAACUUUUGUAUGGAAUGAAGCCUCAAAGAUAAAGCCAUUCCAAAUGUAUUUCUCUCAAAUGAAGAAGCAAAGUAAUGCCACUGCUUUCUGCAAUGCUGUGAACUCUGCCUUGACUGAGGUUUCUAAAAGGGUCGAGUUUGGCUUGGCCUGCAGAUGCUUGCCUGAGGAGGUAAGUGCCAAGGUCAAGUCACAGGUGGUUUUAAAGUCUAGUAUCUGGGAAAAAUCAAUCAGGACAUAUGCUGGAGAUAGUUUUUCAACUGCAGCAGCUUUUAGUCCUGCAAAACUCGUCAACUCUUUGGAGGCAUUAGCUAAAUCCCCACAUAAUGAUAUUGAUGAUUUGGAAUUUGUCAUAGCAAGAGCGCAGUUAUUGGCAUUUAAUAGAUGGAAGGGUUAUUACCAACUACCUGUAUUUGAAGAACUAAAUGGUUUUUUGGGAAACGAUCUUGAUCUUGCUGCAGUACAGGAGGAGAAAAAUCUUGUUGAAGUGAUUGAUGAUGGUUUGGGUUCUGAGGAAGAUAAUGAAAUUGAAUGUGGAAAAAAAAUGUCUCCUUUGCAUGGGGUUUCUUGCAGGGGCAUGGAUCUCCCCUUGAAUAAUGAGCGCAAAACAAAAAAGAAAAAACACUUGCAGGACUUGAUGUCUGGAAGCAGCUUGAGCUUUCGAGAUGGUGGAUAUGAAGACGAAGGGAAAGCAAGCAGUGACAAGGCUUCUGUAUCUUCUGGAAAGAAACGCAAAGCGCUUGGUUCUACAUCCAGUGAAUCAACGAAAAGAAUGAGGAAAAGGGUUUCCAUGCAGAGUGCAAGAACUGCAACUUCAUUGUUGAGAAAUUACGUUGAAGUUGGAGAUAGCAUGCAUGGGCUUGCGGGGAAACUACAUAGUGGUGCGGUUCCCCCUCUUAACACUGGCAUUAAAAUUUCACAAGGAGCAAUAGUUAACCACAGUAAAAAGUCUGGAAAGACUUAUUAUUCUGGAGCUUCAACCUUGACCGCUGAGAAAUCUUGUAGAAGGCCACCUCCUUGUGAGUAUCCUUCUAUGAGUGAGAUAUUUUCAGAGCUGUGUCUUGCUGCUGAAAAUCCAGUGAAAGGUUACAGUUCUUUGACAACAAUAGCUGGUUUUUUCUGUGAUUUUCGCAACUCUAUCUGUAUGGAACAUAACAAUCUUAAAAAAAGGACAAAGUCAUCAGGUAAACAAAUAGUUAAAAAGUCAGCCAAUGUAGAAGCUGCAGAAGCAUUUGAAUUUGAAGGUAUGGAAGACUCUUACUGGACUGACAGAAUUAUCCAGAGCAACUUGGAUGAUCAGGUACUGUUCGAACCUGAGCCCCCCUGAGAGAAGGAUGUUGUUGUUGCUGAACAAGAAGGUUUGGAGGGUACAAAUCCAAACUUGGAUAAUCAACUUGAAAUGAAUCCUGUGGUUACUGAACUGGGAGCAGAAGAUCCUGUGCGAUCGUACCCUGUGGAUGAAAAGUCAUAUAAAAACUAGUCUGAUCCUUAACUUCACUUAUUUAGAAUCUAUUCCUUCAAUAACUAACCUGAACGAUAUAUUCGACUGCUAUGGACCAGUGAAGGAGUCGCAGACUAAAGUUCUAAGUAAGAGCAAGCGCGCAAAAGUGGUCUUCAAGAGGCGUUCUGAAGCUGAAACUGCCUUCAAUAGUGCUGGAAAAUUCAACAUUUUUGGACUUUCGCUUGUUAGUUAUCGCCGUAGAUACACAUCACCUCGCAAAGCUGCUGCCACAUGCAAAACUAAAAGAAGAAGAAAGAAUGCAAUAUCAAUAGAAGACAGUGCAAUGUGAUAUUUUUCAUGGUGAGAUGAGUUCUAAGUAUUCUCCUAUAGCAUGUGUACUCUUUCUUCCUUUUUUUUUUUUUUUUUUUUUUUUCUCGAAGGAACAUGUGUACUCUUACUGACCAAUGUAAAGUGAAGAAAUUCUGUAAACCAUGCAAUUACGUGUACAUGAUUAGCAUGCACAGCUAAUCUACUGAGCCUUUGUAGAUAAUGCUUAUGUUUCCAGUUGAGUUUGA